ACUUAAUGUUUGCAUAAUUGAGUGCAACAACCUAACAGACAAAAGUAAUUAGCCAUGGAAAGAAACAUUGAGAUAGUUUCCGUGGAGCUCAUUAGACCUCUUUCUCCUACUCCCAAUCACCUUAGAUGCUUCGAAUUUUCUCUUCUGGACCAAAUGGCUGUAGACAUGUCUGUUCCCUUAGCUCUGUUCUAUCCUACUCCCUUAGAUGGCAGCGAAUCAUCAAGAUUACUCCUUUUGAAGAAAUCUUUGUCUGAAAUUCUUGCUCGGUUUUACCCUUUUGCUGGCCGAAUUAAGGAUAACUCAGUUGAAUGCAACGACGAUGGAGUACCCUUUUACGAGGCUUUUGCUCAUAACUAUCGGUUGGAAGAUGUUCUUAGAAAGCCUGCAUAUGUCAACCAAAAGUUCCUCCCAACUACUGUUGAAGAGGGAUCAUUGAUGCCUGAUUCAGCCUUAUAUCCCCUACUUGUUCAAGUCACUAUUUUUGAGUGCGGAGGUAUGGCUAUUGGUAUACGUGCUUCUCACAAAGUUGCUGAUUGUGCCACAUUGUGCACUCUCAUCAAUGCCUGGUCAACAAUUGCUCGAGGUAACAUUGAAGUCGUUGUGCCAGAAUUCGUUGCAGCUGCAAAAUUCUUGCCACCACCAAUUCCCCAUGUUCAACCCAAGCCUAUCAACUUUGACGUACGCAAAAUUCUUUUUGAUAAGAAACUUGUCGCUAAAUUUAUUGCCUUUGAUGCUUCUACUAUAACAUCCCUCAAGGCUAAGGCUGUCAGUGAUUCUGUACAAAUGCCUACUCGCGUUGAAGUUGUAUCAGCUGUGAUAUGGAAAUGUGCCAUGGUUGCUUCAGGGAAUGAGACAAGGUUAUCUAAAUUGGGGCACAAUGUAAAUAUACGAAAGCGUCUUGUCCCUCCAUUACCAAACCAUUGUGUAGGAAACGUUGUUACACCUGCCACAGCACGUAAAGGCGAGAAUGAUGUCUCUGACUUGCCCACUUUGGUCGCUUGUAUAAGAAAAGCAUUAUCAGAAAUAAGUUCCAAAUAUAUGGAUUAUAAACAGAGUCGAGAUGAGGCAAUAUUGGCUAUUCCCUAUGACACCGCAGAGUUCUUUGCAGCACGUUUCCGAGGCGAGAUAGAUACACAUAUUAUUAGUUUGUGUAGCUACCAAUUUUACGAUGUUGAUUUUGGCUGGGGAAAACCUUCAUGGGUAAGUCUAAUUCGAGAUUUUGGCAUAGGUACUGUUGUAUUGAUGGAUUCAAGAGAUAGUGGCGGAGUAGACGCAUGGGUAUACUUGAAAGAUGAAGACAAUAUGUUAGUGUUUGAGCAAGAGCUGCAGCUACUAGCAUUUGGAUCUGCCAAAUAAUUAAAGAGCUUGCUGCAUCAACUUAAAUUGUUAUUGCUUUA